ACAACUAAUAAAAAAGAACGCAUCUUCUUUUAGAUCACAAGCUUUGAACGUUAGCAAGAAUUAUGUACCUACCACCAGUCUCUUGCUUACUAUAUAGAUAUUCCCAUUAAACGUUAUAGAAAUCAUUUCUGUAAGAUCAUACAUACGCAAGCUACCUGUUUAUAAACCUCUACACUCUCAACUUAAAAAAUGGGAACUGAGAUGGUAAUGGUUCACGAUGUUCCUUUUCCUCCACAAAUCAUUACUUCCAAGCCCCUCUCUCUUCUUGGCCAAGGAAUCACGGACAUCGAGAUCCAUUUUCUUCAAGUGAAGUUCACAGCCAUAGGAGUUUACUUAGAUCCUUCAGAUGCUAAAACAUAUCUUGAAAAAUGGAAAGGCAAGACCGGAAAAGAUCUUGCCGGUGAUGACGACUUCUUCGACGCCUUGGCCUCCGGGGAGAUUGAGAAAGUUAUACGAGUGGUGGUGAUAAAGGAAAUAAAAGGAGCUCAGUACGGAGUGCAGCUAGAGAAUUCAGUGAGAGAUCGUUUGGCUGCUGAGGAUAAGUACGAGGAGGAAGAAGAAACAGAGCUCGAGAAAGUUGUAGGUUUUUUUCAGUCUAAGUACUUCAAGACUCAUUCCAUCAUCACUUACCAUUUCUCAGCCAAAGAUAGCAUUUGCGAGAUUGGGUUUGAGACGGAAGGUAAAGAAGAGGAGAAACUGAAAGUAGAGAAUGCGAAUGUGGUGGGGAUGAUGCAGAAGUGGUACUUGUCUGGAAGUAGAGGAGUUUCACCGUCCACCAUCGUCUCCCUUGCUGAUUCGCUGUCCGCAGUUUUAACCUAAACUCUCUUAUAUAAUAAGCAUCUAUGUGUGUUUUAUGUUGUUGUAUUAUGUCUUUUGUUAAGUGAGACAUCGUGUCUGGUUAUCUUUAUAAAAUGAUUAAUGGUUCCUGGCUAUUCUAUUUUGUCUUUGUAGUUUAAUAUUGAAAUCACAGAGCAAC